UUGUGAUCUUGGUUUACUGAAUGAAAUUGGUAGACGCUGCCAGAAGUUGAGCCUCCUUCUUUUCCGGUACGCUCUUUUGGGUGACCGUGUCUUGUUUAGUUUUAGCUGCAGUUGAAUCUUUCUCCAUCUUCCACAAUGAGGAUUUAUAAGGAUAUUUUCACUGGAGACGAGAUGUUCUCUGACACCUACAAAAUCAAGUUGGUAGAUGAUGUGCUAUAUGAAGUAUAUGGCAAGUUGAUUACUCGCAAGUCGGGUAAUGUUGAAAUCGCUGGAUUUAAUCCAUCUGCGGAAGAGGCCGAUGAAGGUACUGAUGAAGCAGUAGAGUCUGGUGUAGAUGUUGUAUUGAACCAUCGCCUUCAGGAAACGUUUGCCUUUGGAGAUAAAAAGUCUUAUACAUUAUACCUCAAAGAUUACAUGAAGAAAUUAGUAGCAAAGCUAGAAGAAAAGUCACCUGAUCAAGUAGAGGUUUUUAAAACAAAUAUGAACAAAGUCAUGAAGGACAUCUUAGGCCGUUUCAAGGAAUUGCAAUUUUUCACUGGUACCUCAAUGGACAUUGAUGGAAUUGUGGGCCUCAUGGAGUACCGUGAGAUCGAUGGCGAUUCUGUGCCUGUACUCAUGUUCUUCAAGCAUGGUCUUGAAGAAGAAAAGUUCUAAUAAACUGGAAAUCAAGACUGCACACAUGCUGAAAAGCAGUGAAAUUUAGUUAAAAAUGUGAAACAAAGUUCAACUUCCAAUCUUAAUUUGCAAUGCAAUUAACAAUACAUUUAAAAAAAUUUCCGGUAGUGACUAUUUCUUGAUAAAUAAUUGUAAAUACUCUGUAAUAUGAGGGAAAGUGAUGGCAACAGGAUUCUUAACAAUGUGCAAGCAAUUAAUUGUGAAAGAUGUAUGUAACAAUGUUCUUGUUUUUCUAUCUGAUUUUGUAUUAGACAAUAUUUUAUUUAUAUAUAAAAAAAAAUGGAAGAUGGGGAAAGAACUUGCAGUGAUGGACUUACAUCGGUAGAUGUAAUGUUUACAAUUAUGUUAACGUCUAUAUUAACUCAAUGAUCGACAAUUUCUGAACUAUAUUCGACUUAAUGUCCAUCCAUAAAUAAAAAAAAUUUUUCCGUAA